GUGCACUCUAGUCUCGGAGCACAGGAUUUAUUGUUUAGGCCUAAGCCAUGAUCCAUAUAUAAAUGCUUGUAACCCCGGAUAUUUGGCGACCACCCAUCAAGCACGGCCCUCAGCAAACCUCAGAAUGUCCGUACUCCUCAUCGAUCCUACAUCAGUGACAGCUAUAGCUGUCCCAUCAUUGGCCAUUGAUAGAGCCAGUGGAAACGGAACCACCAAUGUUUAUGCUUGUGCUACAACCAUGCUGGGGGGCACCGCGACCAAUCCUUGUCAACUUGUUCCUGCCUAUGCCACCACGAGCACCCACACCACAUCAACAAAUGCCAGUGGACAUAGUCUAUGUAAGCCUCUGUCGUUUACGGUUGCCAACAUGGUGUUGGUCUUAUUGGUGUUCGUGCUGUGGGGUGUUUAUUAGUUGACUCCGACUCAAUAACUUACCCCGCUGAUGACGGUGAUCAGGCGCACUCCUUGUUGAGGCGAGGAUGCUGAGCGC